UCUACUGGGCGUAGAUGAUGAAGAUUGGGAAAAAAAUAAAUAAAUAAUCUUUUCAUUCUUGGUAUUUGGCCAGAGGGUGGGGAUGAAGCAGAGGACAGAGUCUCACUCUCGCCACAGUCAGGUCGCCGGAGAUCAGUGAUGUUUCCCCGCUGCAUGCUGCUCGGCGCCACUCGCAGCACAUUUCAUCUUAAUCAAAUCCAUUUUUCCCUCUCUCAAACCGAACAUUUGAUAGAUAGAGGGCUGGGAGGUCGCGUGAGCUCGCACUGACCCCAGAAAUUACCCGGUGGAAUAUGUGCGAGGCACACAUCAUAUGGCGUUUACGAUCACGCGAUGCAUACAGCAACAGUCGACCGAUUUAAACACCGGCGAGGCCAUUCAUUCAAUACACAAUUAAAAAAGCUCAAUCUGACUUUAUCUACUGUGUUGUUUACACACAUCUUCAUGGAGCGUGAGUGCGACAUUAUGUUUGCUUUCAGAGGAACAUUCCGGGCUUGAAGAGCUAGAAAGCUAAGAAGCUAAGAAAUGAGGGAUCACUUUUGGCUUUAUGUUUCUUAAACUUCCAUGUGAGGUAUGUCAUGUUGAUGUCUAUAUCGCCAAAGCUAGCGUCAAAACAGACAGUAUCUAGGAACCACCACUUCAUAAUAGAAAACAUAAAACAAUCUUAGACGCCUCAUCAGUCUCAAUCAACGUGGUUCUUUUUUUUUUUUUUUUUUCCUGUCCUACCCUGAAGAUGUUAUCACUCGUGAGGCUUUUUUUAAACCAAAAGGCCUAGAGUGGUUAUAAGCUUGGUGGCCAGCUAAGAGAAGAAUGAGAGUUGUCCUUCCCUCUCCAAUAUUUCUCCUAUAUUAUCCCUCUCCGACGUGGCUCGCUUUCUCUCUCUCUCUCUCUCUCUCUGCGCAAGCGAAGCAGCACCAACAAUGAACUUAGUAGAUGUCUGCAGGUUUAAGAACCCUGACCUCCUCAUUAUUCUCCGCCCUGGAGUUCAUUGAAAAGCGACAUUGUUUCUUUAAGAUUGCACUCGCAGUCAUCAGCGGCUCUGUCCAUUGUUGGGGGGGAACAGAACGCGAGUUGAGAUUGAUAUACGGGGGCCGGAGACAAGUUGCGCAUAUCAUCAGUGGACCAGCUGCAGUGCGGGCGGCAGUAGCGCAACAAGUCUUGAACGCGUCCUUCCAGACAUGGGUUGCUAUGACUGCUGCAUGCGUUGUUUGGGUGGGGUACCAUACUGUUCCCUCGUCGCCACACUGCUAUGCUUCUCUGGCAUCGCCCUCUUCUGCGGCUGCGGGCACCAGGCGCUCACCGAGACAGAAAGACUCAUCGAGACUUACUUUGCCCGUAAUCUCCAAGACUACAUAACGCUUGCCUACAUCAUUCAGUAUUUCCAGUAUGUCAUCUACGGCUUGGCCUCCUUUUUCUUCCUCUACUGCAUCGUGCUGUUGGCCGAGGGCUUCUACACCACAAGCGCUGCCAGGCAAACCUUCGGAGAGUUCAGGAGCACCAUGUGCGGCCGCUGCCUCAGCUCCUCGUUCAUCGUGAUGACGUACGUUCUCGCUGUUCUCUGGCUCUUGGUGUUUGCCUUCUCCGCCUUGCCCGUCUACUUUUUCUACAACAUGGACGCGACCUGCCACACCAUCGAUGUUCUGACCGAGACGCCAGCCAGUAUCAACCAGCUCUGUGUCGACGCACGGCAAUACGGGCUCUUGCCAUGGAAUGCAGUACCAGGGAAAGCUUGUGGCAUGACCUUGUCCACUGUUUGCAAGACCAGAGAGUACCGAAUGACCUAUGACCUCUACAUUGCUGCCUUCGUCGGCGCGGGCAUCACCCUUCUGGCUCUGCUGACGUACACUGUGUCAACCACCUAUAACUUCGCGGUUCUGCGGUAUCUGGGGCGAAAGGGCAUAGGUGCACGGUGUUAGGCACCCGGCUUCCUGUCUGCUCUGUCACUAGUCUUCCAGCAACACGGGGAUCUAAAAAGGGAUGGCUUCUCUUCUUCCAUUUCACCCGCACAGGACCACCUGUGGUCGUGGACCUUUUACAAAUGUUGUGUUUUAUAUUUUUUACUUUUCUCGCUAUGAAGGAUGUUAUUGUUUUUUUUUCUCUGUUUUUAUGGGAAGUCUUAUUUCAUUAUUUGUAUUGUUACGUCGUCAAAACAUUUGUGAGCUGUCACGCUCGCCGAGGUUGGUGUCUGAAAGUAAUUUCUGCCUCCCACUGUGCUCGAAACACGAAUAACACACCCACUAAUCGAUUAACGUAACACAAGAAACGACCAGCAAUUUGCACCGCACGCGCAGGUAGAAUGCAGCUGUUCUCCGCAGAGAAUUGGGGAUUAGGCGUUACCAUGGCCACCUCCCCUCACAUCUGGUUGCCAUGGUGGCAGACAAGCAUGCAUUUGCAGUCUCACGCUGACCUCAGGACUUUUCUCACGGGCUGGGGAAAAGCCACAACAAUGGAGUCAUGCCUGGUUUAGACGCUAGCCAAUAAGGAGCCAGAUCUGGGGGCCACCUGCACUACGGGUCUCUACCAAGGGUUAUAUUACAUGUCAAGGGAAAGGGCCAUCUGGACAAAGAGAGGGUUAGAUCUCUCUAAAGCCUCAAUACAGCUCUUCUGGGACGGCAGCCGCACACACAACACGUCCACACACUGCUGCAUGACCCCCACCUCCCCUCGAAUAAUGGAAAUGAUGGAUUCAGACUGAGGAGACUAAGGGAAUUUUAGAUUAUUUUGAAUAUUUUCUUACUGAAAAGGGAUAUUCUUGUCUAGAUCUAGUGAGGUCUGAAAUUGUUUCUCUCAUAACUGUGAGAUGGUGAAAAGCACUAGGUGCUUAUUUAUCAGGGAACCUCAUAAUAUACAAGACCCAAAACCCAAUGAGGUGUGAGUCCCCCUGCUGUUAGUGCAUGACCGAGGUACUUUAUAGAGAAAGGACAGCUUUGUUUUGUCACUAAUUCUUUAGGAAUGUUGUUGUAGUUAUUGUAUAACACAUAUUUUUGCCUAAUCGUAGCUGAAUUGACUAAUACUUUUAAUUCUGGGUAUUCCUAAUAGAGCCCUUAGCAAAAUGAAAAGUCAUUUUUUUCUGUUUGGAAGCUUUAAGUGGUGGGUUUGUCAGGUAGCAGCUCAUUCGGGUGAUUAUUUCUUUGUGUUGGUGAUGUUUGAUAAUAAAAAGAACAAUUUGAAGUA